AUGUCAGAUGGCAAAGAUGGCAGUUCUUCCUCUCAUUCUCAGUUGAGUAUUCGUUGUUUUCACGAAUUGCUUGAUUCUAUCAUCGCGGAUGUGGCUUCGGAGUGUCACCGGGUUGCUCGGCUUGGACUUGACCGGGGGUUGGAUGAGGAGGAGGAGGAGUUGAGGCUAUCGGAGGAGGCCCGGGCGAGCGCCGCCGAUCCGAGCAGCAGCGGUGAAGUGGGUUGCAAGUAUGUUGUUGAUAUAUUCGGGCAGACGCAUCCUGCUGUUGCGGAUGAGAUCUUUGAGUGCAUGAAUUGCGGAAGGCCGAUCAUGGCUGGUCGAUUUGCUCCUCACUUGGAGAAGUGCAUGGGAAAGGGCCGGAAAGCUCGCCAAAGGACUACUAGAAGUAGUGCCAUUACAAGAAGCCGGAAUUCUCGUGGGAGUCCUGUCUCUGUAUAUGCUCCCUAUUCCAAUUCUACCAAUUCAGCCAGAGUUCCAAAUGGCACAACUGGUGGUGCUGGCGAGGAGUUUUCUGAUUGUGCAUUUGAAGCACCAUGAAUCUCUUGACCAAUGUGAGUACUGAUCUUCCUUGGCAAAAUGAAGUUGAGAUGUUUGUCCUCUGCAGAAUCCCUUAUAAGAUCAUGAAAAUGGAAUGCCAUCAUAUAAAGAAACAAUUGCGGUCAUCGGCAACUCACUUAGCAUAUUUCUGAGGUUUGUAAUACAAUUCAGCAAAUGUAGUUGUUGAUAUUUUGGGGAUAGAAGCUCCUCAUCACAGAAUUCUUGAUAAUGAAGAAAAUUUUGCCAACAUAAAGUUCUUUUCUGCAUAAUAGCAAUGUUUAAAUCCCUUCCAUGCUUUUCUUCUGUUAAUUGUAAAAGA